GGUGGAGGAAGGGACAUAGGCUUAAGUUAUUUUUAUCUCUGUUCAAUGUUUAUAUCUCUAUAGAUACUAGCUGUAGAUCACACACACAAGAUGACCGGCUCGAAUAAUGAAAACUAUGUGAACAAGAGUACAGUUGCUCGCCGGCGAUGGAAGAUCCUAGCGGAGGCCUUGCAGCGGUCCAGUCCCCGGGAUGCCUCACCUGACAGUGCGUCCACGCGGAAGUUUCAGAGCUUCGGCCUUUUAUCCUUUGAUCCCCUUGGCCAGGACUUUUACAUAGUCACAUGUAUUAACUCGGAUUUAAAGGUGACUGUAAGGCUAUUGCGUCGAGACUUCAGCCCCAGUGAGCUAACCGGCUUCAACAAUACGGGCAACGUUUGCAUCUGGCCCUCGGAAGAGAUCCUGACCUACUACUGCCUCAGCAACCUGCACAUCUUCUCCGGGAAGUCAGUCUUGGAGCUGGGCGGGGGAAUGACUUGCCUGGCAGGGAUGCUCGUGGCAGCAAGUGGAGUUGCAGCAAAGAUGGUACUGACUGACGGUAAUGCGAUAUCCGUCGACAAUGUUCAAGUGUCCUUAGAACGCAAUGACUUGCCCACAGAGACCACCGCAAGGCAAGUUUCACAUUCUAGUAAACUAUUUAGGGAAAAACUUAGGAUGUCAUUAGACUGGUAUUAUUUCCCCAAGUCAUGUCAUCAGAGGCCAAGGGCUAAGGGAUAA